UAUAUAAAUUGCAGAGAAAUAAAACAUAUUAUUAAAAAUCAAAGUGGUGCCAAAAAUCGAAGUGCUGCCGAUUUGGUUUUGAACAAUUGUCCUGAUGGAGGAGGACCAAUUAAAGAAAUCUUUGAGAAGCCAGAAAAACUCCUGUUUAUAAUAGAUGGUUUUGAUGAAUUAAAUUCCUUGCUAGAUAUUGAUGACGUUAGCCUGUGCACUGACCCAUUUGAGAAGAGGACAGUGGAUACCACCCUGUGCAGUUUAUUGAGAAAGAAGGUUCUUCAAAAAUCUUUUUUGCUGAUCACUACGAGACCAACAGCUCUGGAAAAACUAAAGGAGAAUCUGAAACUUCCACGUUUUGCAGAGAUAAUGGGAUUUUCUGCAGAUGAGAGGAAAGAAUAUUUUCAUAAAUUUUUUUGUGAUGAAAAGAAAGCAACAGAAGCCUUUAAUUUUGUCAAAGAAAAUGAAAUGCUCUUCACCAUGUGCUUUGUCCCCAUUGUGUGUUGGAUCAUCUGCACAGUUCUGAAACAACAAAUGGAAAAAAAGGAAGAUCUGACACAAACUUCAAAAACAACCACAUCAGUAUAUUUGCUCUUUCUCUCCACCCUGAUAACAGAUCAUAUCACUGACACAAUAGAACAAUCUAAAACUAACCUCUGGGCGCUUUGCUCAUUGGCUGCAGAUGGAAUUUUAGAACAGAAAAUACUGUUUGAAGAAGAAGACCUGAAGAAACACAAUUUAUCCGUGUCUAACAUUCACUCUCUCUUUCUGAAUACAAGCAUUUUUAAAAAAGAUACAGAAUGUGAAAUUUUCUACAGCUUCAUUCACUUGAGUUUCCAAGAGUUUUUUGCAGCAAUGUACUAUGUGCUAGAGGAAGAUGAAGAGACAAAGAAAAAAUCAUUGAUUUAUAAGAAAGAUGUGAAUCAUUUGCUAAAGAUUUACGGAACAUCAAAAAAUAAUUAUUUGAUGCUAACAGUACGUUUCUUGUUUGGUCUCCUAAAUAAAGAGAGAUUGAAUGACAUAGAGAAAAAGAUACAUUGUAAAACAUCAUCUGGAAUAGAGCGAGAUUUAUUGAAGUGGUUUAAAGAAGAAGCUAAAAAAAUCUCCUCUCUCUCCUAUAAGCCCUAUGAGGAACAGCGUGACCAGCUUGAGUUGUUUCACUGUUUGUAUGAGAAGCAGGAGGAAGAGUUUGCGAAAAGUGCAAUGGAUAAUUUCCAAGAAAUUAGGCUAGAACACCUCAGGCUCACAACAAUAGAUGAAAUUGCUCUUUCAUUCUGUGUAAAGAACUGUUGUAGUAAACAGUCACUCUACCUAUGUAAUUGUACGCUUGGGAUUGGAGAACGAGAAGAAGGAUGGAAAGCAAAGCUACGAAAACGCUUAUUUCCUCUGAACCCAUUGAUGAAAGAUCCGAGAAUGUCAACUGCAUACUCAUUGUUGCAAGGACUGAAGGAUCCCAACUGUAAACUGAAGACAGUAUCGUUGUCCAGCUGCAAACUCUCAUCUGCUUUCCCUAAGGACCUCUCCCCUCAGACCCUCUUUACAAACCAGGCCCUGGAAAAGCUGGACCUGAGCGCUAAUGCACUGGGAGACCUAGGACUGAAACAUCUGUGUGAGGGACUGAAACAGCCAGACUGUACGCUGCAGACGCUGCUGCUGUGGCAGUGCAGUCUCACAGCUGCUUGCUGUGGAGAUCUCUCUGCUGCCUUUGAGACAAACCAGUCCCUGACGGAGCUGGAACUCAGUGGAAAUAAACUGGGAGAUUCAGGAAUCAAACUUCUGUGUGAAGGACUGAAACAUCCCACAUGUAAACUGCAGAAACUAGUGGUUUGGGAUUGCCGUCUCACUGAUGCCUGCUGUGGAGAUCUCUCCUCUCUGCUCAGCACCAACCAGUCCCUGCGAGAGCUGAACCUGAGCGGUAAUAACCUGACUGGUUCAGGAGUGACGCUUCUGUGUGAAGGACUCAGACACCCAAAGUGCAAGUUAGAGAAGCUGGACUUGUCCGAAAAUCACAUCGAUGAAACAACAGCCACGGAGUUGGACUCUGGGCACAACAUAAAAAAUGGCUUAUCAAUUGUGCAUUAUGGAGGUACAGCUCUCAGAAGCCAGGUACAAAGACAAGGAGGAUGGCAUGUCUUCUGUUUCAGUGCUGUGCAUUCAUCUGCAGACUAACAGCUCAAAGUGCAGACGUGGUGCGGAACAUUUUUGUGAUGCACUGUUGGGACAUCGGACUUGUGCUGCUGUUUAGCAUUGCUACAUACUGCCUUCAUUGGCUAGAAAUGCAAGGCUGUAUGGGGUAUCAGUAAAUCUUGAGGCAGUUUCUGACUCCCUUAAAGGAAUUUGUUGGUGUAAGAGGGUAUAAUGGGGGGAUUGAUUGCCUUUAUAAAGCUGGGGUAUCAAACACCUGGCCCCAUGUGUGAUGUAUUUUUGUUGCUGCAUCACAUACUCAAACUCUCUGUUUUUCUGUAUUGACUUUUAAAAGUAGCCUUUUCUUUAUACCUAUGAGGUGAAGGCUCUCCUGUCUGUGAAAUGAGUGUCACUGCUCCAGUGCUAUCUGCCUGAGCCUUUCUUCCCAGCAGCCCCCACCUUCAUCCCACAAAAGAGGCAGAUGGGCAAUUUCAGCAGCCCCAUGGAGGCAGAUGGUAAUUUGCAGGGCCAUUCUACGCAGGUGUGGGACAGAGCUAGCUCUCUAGUGGGGUUCUUGCCUUUCUCCUUUCCUCUCCUGUUCCUGCUCUGCCUUAACCCUCACUUUAACCCUUGCUCUAAACAUCACCCUUCCCCUAGGUGAUUGUGUAGCCAGACAGGAACCCCCUGCCACAUCCAUCUUGCUUGCCUCUCUAAGAUGCCUCAGAAGCACACAGGGCAGAGAGAGCAAUAAAAUCAGCAUAAUCUUUGAUGCCUUGACAGAAGGCCCGUA